AUGAAAAGGAAUAUCGAUAAAAAGAUGAAGAAUUUAAAUGAUUUAAAUCCCCCUUGGCAAAUGCCAUCAUUGAUCGACAUACUUACUCAACAUGAAUUGUUUAAGUCAUUAUCACAAUCAAAUAUACUGAAAUUGUUGGAGGGUUCACGAGAAGAUUCAUUUGGCAGAGAUCAGUUGAUUUUCAAGGAAGGAGAUAGAGCCAAUGAAAUCUGUAUCAUAACUAGAGGGGCUGGCAAUGAGUUUAGUGAUAGAUCAAAAAUAAGAGAGAGAAGAACAUUGAAUGAAGUUACACCCAUUUACAUGUUGGUGGCUCCUUCCAUUAGAUAUUAAACAUCAUUGGUGGCUGAUUGCGUCAUCAAUGCCACUUUCAUCAAGAUUCAGCAUAUGCAAACCAUUAUGAAAUAAAUUCCAGAAUUUGAAGAAGCUAUUUGGAGAAUUUCUAUACCCCUUCUGUGCAGAAUAUAUAGUGAUCACUUAAAGCCAUUGUGCAAUUUAAAAAUCAAUUAGAUAACAGAAGUAGUAUCAAAAUCAGUGUUUCAGAAGAUAAAGAAAAAUCAGUUAAUCAGAUUUGAAUAGGGUGGGAUAUUAUUGAAAGGUACAUUAUGCGAGGGCAAGGAAAGUAUUUUGGAGGCUUCUUCAGAAGAUGAGGACGCUUUAAAGAUUUAAGAGGAGGAGAAGGACUCUACUUAAAGAGAUGCUCUAUGUUUGAUCAGUCCUACAUCUUCACCAUUGAGGGCGAGGACUGGAAUAAUAGUUUUAUUAUUCAAGCAAUAUUAACUGCUUGAAUAGUAUAAUUAAUUAAAUCAAAAUAUUAAUGAAGGGGGUAAAUUUUCGAAUAGGAGAUCAAGCAAGUCAGAUUUAUAGAAAAGAUCUUUGACAGUCAUACAUUGA